AUGAUAAGUCAAACCAAUCUUCAAUUAAAUGGUAAAUUAAGAGACUUAGUUUCUUAAUGAUUGAAAGGUUAUUAAUUUUGUAUAAUUGAGAUGUUUGUGAUAAGACUAGCUGAUAAAUAAUAAACACACAUACUUGUAAACGGAUUAUACUAAGAAUAUGCUUGCCGUGUAGUAGAACGUGAGAACAUUUGUAAAUUGUUCUGCAUAAAUAAUUCAGAGUACCUUAUUUUUAAGACUCAUCAUAAGAAGAAUUGCAAAUACUUGUUGAUGUAAACUAUGUUUUAUUUUAAUAAUACAUGUAGUUUGAAAUAGAUACAUCAAUUGUACAAAGUUUGGACUUAAACAUACUAGCAACCAUUUGGCUUUUAAAUUUAAUACUUAGUACAUAUACAAGAUUGUGCGCACUCCAAGUAUAAGAAUUUGGGUUUAGUGCAUCUUGAUAUAAUAAUUCGUAGAAGAACAAUUCAGGAAAAUGAAAAAUUAUGCAAUAACGACUGCAUAAAGAUGAGAUGA